GCGGAAACCGGGGAGGGGCGCUCCCACGCGCGUGCGGGCUGGGAGGCCGCCGGCCGGUGGGGAAGCUGGGCUUGUCUUAGGAGGCGGAUCGCCCCCUCGGGUGGGGACGCCUUCUUCGGCGGGGAGUGGGCUGCUAUCAUGAGAUUAAAUGAGAACAUCUUGCUGCUGGGAAAGAAGGUGGUGCUGGUACCCUACACCUCAGAGCACGUGCCUAGGUACCACGAGUGGAUGAAAUCAGAGGAGCUGCAGCGUUUGACAGCCUCUGAGCCCCUGACCCUGGAGCAAGAGUAUUCGAUGCAGCAGAGCUGGCGGGAAGAUGCAGACAAGUGCACAUUCAUUGUGAUGGAUGCAGAGAAGUGGCAGGCCCAGCCACGCACCACUGAAGAGAGCUGUAUGGCAGGAGAUGUGAACCUCUUCCUCACAGAUCCAGGGGAGCCCUCCUUGGGUGAGAUUGAGGUCAUGAUUGCAGAGCCCAGCUGCAGGGGCAAAGGCUUUGGCACCGAGGCUGUUCUCAUGAUGAUGUCUUAUGGAGUGACCAAGCUAGGUCUGACCAAGUUUGAGGCUAAAAUUGGGCAAGGAAAUGAACCAAGUAUCCGGAUGUUCCGGAAGCUUCACUUUGAGCAGGUGGCUGUGAGUAGCGUCUUUCAAGAGGUGACGCUCAGACUGACAGUGACCGAACAUGAGCGGCAGUGGCUUCUGGAGCAGACCAGCCACGUGGAAGAGAAGCGCUAUAGAGAUGGGCUGUCAGAGUCCCGUUGACCACUGACUUUGCGGGCAGCCACCCUGUGUGAAUGGGGGUGGUGGGACCACGCAGUCCCAAGGAGGUGAACCUUUGAGGCCUUUGGGGCAGAGUGUACCUACCUCCAUCUAGCCUGGGAGCCUCCUUUUGGGGCCCUUCAGAUUCUGGGCUGGACUUGCCUUGGUCUCCCUCAGGCUGGCAGUGUGGAUGAACUGCUCCAGGGCUGGCCAGGAGAAACCUGGAGUGGGCUCUCAGACCUGGAAUGGAUGGCACGAAUCCACAGGAGGCAGGGUGGAGGUGGGAACAGAGGUGAAUGGGGGCCUGGUGAAUGGCCAGGACGCCCCCUUGCCCUUGGAAGGGCAGAGGCGGUGCCCUGGAGUGGAGGCCCUGACCUGGAGUAAAGUGUACUGCACAGCA